CGCCCGUACGAGGUGACGCGCUCAGCCGGCUGCUCGGGACGGCCACGUCCGCUUCCCCCCAAAUGCCGGAAGGGGCGGUGUGUGCGACGGCCUCAUGCCCGGCCCCGCUCAGGACACGCCCACUGCCUCCCAUCCGAUUCCUGCGGGAUACGUAUCGCUUCGCCAUUGAGUGAGGGGCCUGAUAAUAGUGGGAGAGGCGGCGAGAGAGACCCUCCACCCCUGCUGCUGCCCAAGACACGACGGCCGCGGCUCACUCCGGACCCCGAUAUGGCUCUGCUCCGCCAUCUGCUGCUCCUGCUGCUGGUGGCCUUCCCGGUCACACUGCUCGCCAAUGGCAGAGUUGCUGCCCAGGAUACAACCGAUGACGACAAAGAGACACUUGAUGACACUCUGGUGGAAGAUGAUGAUGAAGAGGUUGAAGUAGAGGAAGAUGAAUCAACUGAUCUGAUAGAAGAAAAAGAGGAAGAAGAAGAUUUAAGUUCGGGUGAACCAAAAGCGUCUCCUAAUGCUGAUACCACUAUCUUGUUUGUUAAAGGCGAAGAUUUUCCAGCUAAUGACAUCGUGAAGUUCUUAGUGGGAUUCACGAAUAAGGGUACAGAAGACUUUAUUAUAGAAUCACUGGACGCCUCUUUCAGAUACCCUCAAGAUUACCAGUUCUAUAUCCAGAAUUUCACUGCACUCUCCCUGAACACUAUUGUGCCACCUCAAAGACAGGCCACCUUUGAGUAUUCCUUCAUUCCUGCCGAACCUAUGGGAGGUCGUCCUUUUGGACUGGUCAUCAAUUUGAAUUAUAAGGAUGCCAAUGGAAAUGCUUUCCAGGAUGCUGUGUUCAAUCAGACUGUGACAAUCAUUGAGAGAGAAGAUGGAUUAGAUGGAGAGACGAUAUUCCUGUACUUGUUCCUUGGAGGGCUUAGUUUACUGGUGAUUGUUGGUUUACAUCAGUUGAUGGAGUCCAGAAAGAGAAAGAGACCAGCUCAAAAAGUGGAGAUGGGCACAUCAAGCCAAAAUGAUGUUGACAUGAGCUGGAUUCCUCCUGAGACAUUGAGCCAAAUAAUGCAAAGUAGACGAGACAAAGCUUCCCCAAGAAGAUCUCCACGCAAAAGAGCCCAGAAAAGAUCAGCGGGAUCUGAUGAAUGAACAGACUCUGUGCUCCUCAGUCUAUUUUGUCCUAUAAUACUGACCCUCCUUACCAAGAUGGAUAACUUGUGACAUCCAUAAUGGAAAAGUGGAGUGGGAAGUGAUGUCCUUGUAAAACAUUGACUGCUAAAACCUAUUUUUAUUUUCCCAUGGGAUUGGAUUUUUUUGUUUGUUAAAACCUUGAGCCCCAAUAUAUCCUCUAAAGCACGCUGUGCAUAAACUAGGAUCUUGCGUUGCAGCAUUAAUGCUAAAGCAUUGAAGUUGCAUGUUCAUUGUCUUAUUGACUGACCUGUUUUUCACAGAGAAAUGCAACUUUGGAUGUUUGUCUUGGAGGGAGUGAGCCACAGAUUAUGUAAAUGGAAACAUAUGCUUUUACCUACAUGAUGGUAUUCGUGAGUCCUAAGGAAAUCUAGUGCAUUAUGCUGCCAUAUCUAGCAUUCUAGGUGGCCGGAGAGAAAUGCGUUGAGCUUCUUCUCCUGCCUUUGCAGCCAUCAACAUCACCAAUGUGUAUUUAUACUAAACUUCUACCAGAAGUUUGCACUGUGGAUAUCUUGGUUUUGGGAAUGUUAUAUCAAGGGUUUUUUUAAAACAUUGAUUUAGAAAUUGGUAAACUAAACCACGGACCAAUGUGUCCAUGCAGGUGGGUGAGAAACUUUACAAAGAGGAAAAGUUUUACUUUUGUAAAUGGGACAAACAGUCUGCCUGCAAGUGUACAAAGGAAUACAUUCUUAAAUAAAAGUAAAACUGCCA